AGAGAGAGAGAGAGAGAGAGACAGAGAGCGCGAGCGAGGUAGAGAGGUGGAGCGAGAUGGGAAAAGCCAAGGGCAAGCAUAGAUUGGAUAAGUACUAUCACCUAGCGAAGGAGCAAGGUUACCGUUCUAGAGCUGCUUUCAAGCUCCUCCAGCUCGACGCCAAGUUCCGUUUCCUCCCUUCCUCCCGCUCCGUCCUCGAUCUCUGCGCCGCCCCUGGCGGUUGGUUGCAGGUCGCCGUCCGCCAUGUCCCCGUCGGCAGCUUCGUCCUCGGCGUCGACCUCUUCCCCAUCCGUCCUAUCCGCGGCGCUCUCUCCAUCGAGGAGGACAUCACCACUCAACGCUGCCGCUCCUCCAUCAAGAAGCUCAUGGAUGAAAACGGCUGCCGUGCUUUUGAUAUUGUCUUGCACGACGGUUCCCCCAAUGUUGGUGGCGCUUGGGCUCAGGAGGCCACUAGUCAGGCUGCUUUGGUUGUCGAUGCCGUCAAGCUCGCCACUGAGUUCUUGGCACCCAAGGGGACUUUCGUCACCAAGGUUUUCAGGUCACAGGACUAUAGUGCUGUUCUCUACUGUCUCAAGCAGCUAUUUGACAAAGUAGAGGUGACUAAACCUGUUGCUAGUCGUUCAACAUCUGCGGAAAUUUAUGUGGUCGGUCUUAGAUAUAAGGCCCCUGCAAAGAUUGAUCCUCGCCUUCUUGAUGUUAAGCAUCUAUUUCAGGGAGCUAUAGAACCCCCUAAGGUGGUUGAUGUUCUUCGAGGAACAAAACAAAAGAGACACAGGGAAGGGUAUGAGGAUGGAGUUACAACUUUAAGGAAGGUAUGUUCGGCUUCGGAUUUUGUGUGGUCUGAAUCACCGCUGGAAAUUCUUGGUUCGGUUACAUCUAUAUCGUUCGAGGAUCCUGCUUGUUUAUCGCUCAAAGAUCAUACAUUAACAACAGAGGAGAUUAAAGCUCUAUGCGACGAUCUACGUGUUCUAGGAAAGCAGGAUUUCAAGCAUAUCCUGAAGUGGCGCAUGCGCAUAAGGAAGGCGUUGUCACCUGCUCAAAAAGUUGCUUCAAUUGAUAAUGAUGCUCAAGAUUGCACUAAGGGCGAUGACGAUGAUCGCAUUCUUAAUGAAAUGGAGGAGUUGACCUACGCAAUGGAGCGCAAGAAGAAGAGAGAUAAAAAAAUCCUUGCAAAAAGACGUGCAAAGGACAAAGCUCGCAAAGCAACAGGCAUGCAAAUAGAUGCAACGGGAGAUAGUUAUGUUGAUCACGAAUUGUUUUCUCUUUCUUCUAUCAAGGGAAAGAAAGAACUGCGGGCUGUUGAUUCCACAGAGUUUAUUGAUGAGAAUGACGACUUCAAUGACAGCGAGGUUGAAGAAAACCCUGCAGCUUCUUACAAGGAAGAUUCACCCAGUGAUAUUGAUUCUGAUGAUGAACAAAGACGGUAUGAUGAGCAAAUGGAGGAACUCCUUGAUCAAGCUUAUGAACGAUUCGUGAGUAGAAAAGAAGGAACUGCUAAGCAGCGGAAACGUGCAAAGCUGGCCCUUAGUAAGGAUGGUGGGGAUUUAUUGAAGGGUGAUGAUGGGGAUGACCUAAUUCCCUCAGAUCAUGAUUCUGACAGAGAUGAUGCAGAGAAUGAUGUGAAUCCUCUUAUGGUACCGCUCCAUGAGGAGGAACAGCCAACCCAAGAGCAGAUUACAGAGAAGUGGUUUAGUCAGGAUAUCUUUGCCGAAGCGGCGGAAGAGGGGAAAUUUGCACGAUAUGACAGCGAAGACGAAGGGGAAGUGCGAGAGAGAAAACUCUCAAUACAAAAAAUUCCCAAGGAAAAUAAAACUCGUUCUGAGAACUUGAGUGUCUCUAAAACUCAAGUUUCUCAGCCUGAAGACUUUGAGAUUGUUCCUGCUGAAGCUAUGGACACGAGUGACGACUCUUCGUCAUCCGAUGAAUCGGAGAUUGAUGAUGAUGCGAAAGCAGAGAUACUGGCUUAUGCCAAGAAGAUGCUGCGGAAGAAGCAGAGGGAGCAUAUACUUGAUGAUGCCUACAACAAAUACAUGUUCGACGAUGAAGGUCUGCCAACUUGGUUUAUAGAGGAGGAGAAGAGGCAUCGGCAGCCAAUCAAACCAGUGACCAAAGAGGAGAUGGCUGCAAUGAAGGCACAAUUUAAAGAGAUUGAUGCCCGCCCAGCCAAGAAAGUGGCCGAAGCCAAAGCUAGGAAAAAGCGGGUAGCAAUGAGAAAGCUUGAGAAGGUUCGUCAGAAGGCGAAUUCCAUUUCAGAUCAGACUGAUAUAUCUGAUCGGUCAAAGGGGAAGAUGAUUGAUCGGCUUUAUAAGAAGGCAGUUCCGAAGAAGCCUCAAAGGGAAUAUGUGGUUGCCAAGAAGGGGGUCCAAGUGAAGGGUGGAAAAGGGAAGGUGGUUGUUGACAGGCGGAUGAAGAAGGAUGCAAGGUCCCAUGGAAUGGGCAAGCCAGGGAAAGGUGGCUUGAAGAAGGGAAAGAAUGUGAAAGGGAAAGGUGGCCGAAGAGGAGGCAAAGGGGCUACAAAAGCAUCAGCGAAAAAAGGAAAUAAAGGAAAGAAAAACAAGAUGAGCAUGGGUGACUGACCUGCUUCUCAGUUACGCUACUUGUCAUCUCUCCCCACUGAAGUACAAAAUAGCCACAACAAGCGGGUUUUUCGAUUAUUCAUUUCUUUUACCUUCCUUGUUGAUUAUUUAAACUUGGACAAGGUUGCUGUUUGAUGAGAUCUAUAUCAGGUUAUUUUGUCUUUCCAGAUUUUCUUUGAUAAAUGCCAAUUUUGAAUAGAUGCCACCCACUGUGGCAAUGAAAAAGUACUAGACAUGCGGUUCUCUUGCCCUUCCUUGGCCAAGCAAUCUUCUGAGUUGGCCUCUACGGAAACUAAAUUGAAAGAAAUCUGAAGCGAAGACAAAAUUUUAAGUGAAUUGCCUCCUCCAUACCUGGAUGUUAAUGCCCUUCUCUGUGGAUUUUAUGAUACUAUAUAAUUUAUGGUGUCUCAGGAAUAUGUUGGUAUUUGUUGUACUUUGACAGUUGUUGAAUGCUUUGGAAAACUUUCCAAUAAAAUUCAUUUUAUCUUCC